AAACACCGCACGCAGGAGGGUGAGCUGCUUCAGCCUGAUACAACAUGGAGAAAAACGUCCUGCUGACACCUGAUCCACAUUAUAUCCCGGGGUAUUCAGGUUAUUGCCCACAACUCAAGUACAGAGUGGGGAAAUCUUAUGGCCAGCUCACAGCCGAGCUGCUGUCCAGUCCCCAUGUGAAACACUCCAAUCAGCUGGUCCUGUACACAGGUCACAUCCCAUCCACAGGCACACUGAGAAGCACCUCUGACAGUAACUCGAAGAGGAUGAUACCAGGAUACACAGGCUUCAUUCCAAAAAGCCAGAACUAUUUUGCCUGCACCUACUCAGAAACAUGCAGCAAGGCGCUGUCUGAGUUUCACCAGGAUGGGCGUGCCAAGAUCCAACGGCAAUCAAAACAGCUGCCAGCUGUUGUCAACUACACCAACACACAGUUUGAAAAAUCAAGACCCCACUUGAGAGAAAUCUCCAACAACAAAAUCACCCACAGGCCCUUAAAGUCCUUCACCCCAAAAGGAAAACCAUACUUCAUGGAUGAUGAUGACCCACACAAGUACUUUACCUCAGGUUUUACAGGGCAUGUGCCAAAAUCUCGUUUCUUAUUUGGCAAAGGUUUUCCCAUUACUACAAACCAGGCACUGAUCCAGUUUGGGAAACAGCAGCAGACUGACCCCAUGUCCCAAAGCUUCCCGGGGAGGAGGGAAAGUACAAUAAAUUCCAUUGCCACUAUCUAUCCAUCAGACAGGGGUGUGGUGCCGUCAUUCACAGGACACAUCCCAGGUUACCAGUUCAUGUAUGGACAAACCUUUGGCCAACUUUCCCAGAAUGCACUGGAGAAGAGCGGCAUCAAGAGGAACCGUCAGGCAAAAUCAUAAAACUAUCCACUUUAAUACAAGGACUAUUACUGGCAAGAUGAAGUUGUGAAGUUUAAGAACUAUUUAGGAAGUCCUCAUGACAUGAAACGCAUGAAUAAACAUUUAUAAUGUUUACUUUUGGCAUACAAAGAAGUCUUUAUUGACAGACUUUGAUUGUCACUGGCAUUAGAGCAAACAUUCAGAGGUUGAGACAAUGAUGCUGGGUCAAAUAAUUUCAGAUUGCACAUAAUUACAUUAAAUGUUCUGUAUAUAAACACAUGUUUUGUUCUUUCCUCCCUAUUAACUAACCACUAGUCUAUCAAAAUGUACCUGACACACAUUAAAGUACCUGAAACAGCCACAAGAUGGCUUAUAUUGUGCAACUUAACACACUUCACUGGAAGACAUACUACUGCAAACUAU